UUGAAGUUUCUUCUGCAUUGGAAGGAGGCGAAGAAAAUUUCAAAGACGAUGAGAAUGUGCGAUGGUACGUUGAUCCUACGAGCCAUCAUAGUGCUAUCGUGCUCAGCAUGGGCUGGCGCCGUGUCGAUGCACAUGCCUGUGACGGGAACCAAGUGCGUGUCCGAGGAGAUACAGGCCAACGUUGUGGUCCUCACCGACUACUCAGCCGCGUACGAGGACGAUCAACAAGAAAGCACAGCCUCCGUUUCUUGUAAGGUGACAUCACCUUAUGGAAACACACUUCAUCAUCAAAAAAAUAUUACAAAAGGUCAGUUUGCAUUCACAACUAAUGAGUCCGGAAACUACCUAGUAUGUUUCUCACUAGACAGUGAGAAAAGAGAUGUUGUAGCAAGUGUAAGCGUCAAUUGGAGGAUCGGAAUAGCAGCUAAGGACUGGGAUUCUAUCGCUAAGAAGGAAAAAAUUGAGGGCAUUGAACUUGAGCUAAGAAAGUUGGAGGGUGCGGUUGAAGCAAUACAUGAAAACUUGUUAUAUCUCAAGAGCAGGGAAGUGGAGAUGAGCCUUGUGAGUGAAAGGACGAACUAUAGGAUUGCAUUGAUGAGCAUACUGUCACUCGGAAUUUGCAUCAUAGUCUCUAUUUUGCAGAUGUGGCACCUAAAGGGUUUCUUUGAAAAGAGGAAACUCAUUUAGCUGAAAAGUUACGCUAUUCGAUGCUGAAAUAUUCUCGCUAUAACUGUUUUAGUUUGCUAAGUUUUACAAAUAUCUUUUUUGGUCAUAUGGUCAUUUUUUGGAGCAUCGUAGUGGUAUUUUGAGACGGAAUAGAUAGAGGUGCACGAAGCAAAAAAAGAUUUUUUUUUUUCUUGGCCUUGGUUGCUCUUAUCUUGUAUGUUAUCAUUUUUUCAGUUGCAUAUACAUGCAAUAUAUGUGAUA